AUGAAUAGUAGCAGCAGCAACUAGAAAAAUGUUAUAAAUUUUACAGUGCAAGUUUAGCAAAAUAAAAAUAGAUAGUCUUUAGCUGCUUCUCCAUUGCCAUCAAUCCGAAAAAAUAAAAAUGAAAAUGAUAAUACCAAUAAUUAAUUCCCAACAUAGACGUUGAAUAAAUCAGUGCAGAACUCGCCUGCAAGAGCUGUAAAUAAAAGAAGCAACAGCAGCUAAGCGAAAGAAUAAAAUCAAAAUGGAAUAAUGUUUGUAAACUAGCAACAUCAAUUGCAUAGGUACCAGCAAUACUUUCAAUAAGAUAAUAAUAAAAAGGUGAACAGUUAUUAAAAUUCAAAUAGAAUAGCCAAAUAGCUAUUUCAGAAUGAUAGCGGAAAAAACAUAGAUAAUGAUCAGCAUAACAUAACUUAUAUUAAUUUAAAUACUACUUGCAGCACAAAUAAAAAUCAAAUCACUCCAGCUGCUGCUAGCAAUUAAAAAUACCGAAAUUCGUCUUAGAAUAAUUCAAUAAUUAAUUUUUUUAAAGAAGCACAUCCUAUCCACCUUUAAUCUAACUACAAUUCUACACACCAAAAUAAUACUUUUGUAAAUCACACUGCAGGAGGUAAUCCGAAUACUAACCGAAACAGUAAUAUAAAAGGCAGUAACUUGAUAAAUUAAAAUAAAGAAUAUGAAUUUUAUCUAAAUGGAUGCAAUAACAACAUUAAUUUUUAAUAAGACGAUAAUCUCUUUUAUAUUCAACCUGAAUUGGAUGAAUAAGGAAGAAUCCUCUAAUCAAAUUCAAAAGAAUCUUUAUUAGAUCCAGAAUUAUUUGUAACAAAUGAAGUUUCAACAGAAACAAAAUCUCAGAUAACAAACUCAAGUAUACAACAUGAUAAAACUAUUAUAAAUGACAGCUCUCCAAAGGAUGAGCUACUAAAACAGGAAGCAUAAAACUAAUAGAAUAAUCAAAAAGAUGAAAGUAAACUUAAGAAUCCAUAGUAGGUUAAAUACUUGGCUGAAAUACAAACAAACUAAAUCCUUCUUGAUAACUUCAACAGCAACAACUGUAGUAAUUAAAAAAUUAACAGCACUACUAAUCGUAUAAAUACUAGAUCCUCUUCAUCUUAGGCAGAGUGUGUGCCUUAACAACUCCAAGUGCUAGAAGGAUAAAAAAAGAAAUCUUUAAACCAAUUAACACAGUAGCAUCACCAUCAAAAUGCAUUUAAUUCUUUAACAAGUAGCAGAAACAGCAACAAUAACAACUAAUUCAAUAAUAAAUAAAUUUCAUAUAAAUAAUAACCUUAUAUAGAUUUUUUAUAAAACCCUAGAUUUGAGUAACAAUACCUUAAAAAUGAGAAUAACAUAAGAUAAAUUAUAAAAAACUCUCUUGUAGGAGGAGGAGAUAAUGUUUAAUAAUAACAAUAAUAAUAAAACAGAAAUAUAAAAAAGUUUAAAAUUGAGAGGAAGAGUAUGAAUUCUAAUUAUAACAACCUAAGCGAUUAUAUUGAAAAUAGUAAUAUAUAGACUUUAUAGGAUUAGCCUCCAUAGUAGUUUGAGGAAAUAUCAUGCAGUAUGCCAAUUUAAACAGUUAAAAAAGUAAAAUCUCCUAACAAUUAUUUGAGUAUCACUCAAUAGUCUAUCAAUUCUGAUUCAUUUAAAACAGGAUUUACUCCUUCUGAAUUAUAAACAAAUGGUAGAUCUUCAGUCAACGCAGUUUACUAUUAAAGAUAGUGCAAUUCCGUCAACAGGUCUUCUGUAAGAAACUCUUCUACAACAAAAGCAAGAUUUCCAUCCAGAGCAGCAUCUCCAUAAAGUCAUUCAUUUUCUUCAACAAGACCCAACUCGAAUACAGACAAAGCUUUUUAAAAGAUGUUUAGAAGGAGAAACCCAGAACAUAUUUCAAUAAAUAGCAAUAACUUAUUUGAAGAAAAUAGUGAUUCAACAGCAAGAUCCCUAAACGUUAAACUGCUUUCUAUUUUCAAACAAUAUAAUAGUUAAGAUAUAAAUAAAGUUUUAGUUAGCAAAAAAAGUUUUGAAAAAUAUUUGCAAACAUUUGAUCCAGAAAAAGAUGAAAGUAGCAAGAUGAUGCAAAGCACAAUAAUAGAGUAUUUCUAGAAAUGGUCAGAUAAAAUAAAUAAUUCAGUUAUUUAUUUGAAGAAUCAGUUAGAAUCUUUUUGGAAUGAAAACAGUGAUUUCCAACAGAGGCAAUAAAUUUUAAAAAGAAUGCCAAUAAAGACCUAAAAAUACUAUGAUGAUUGCAAAGAGUUAUGUGAAUCAGCUCAAUUAUUCUAUUUUAAGACUGAUUAAAAAGAAACAAUUGCACAAAUCGUAUAAAAGUGUUAACACUCUUUAGAUAUUAUUAAUUUGCUCAACACUUUACCUAAGCUUUAUUAAGAAACAGAAUCUUUUUUUAUUAAUCCAGAGCAGUAAAACAAUGGCUAAAAACAUUCAUUUGAGUAGCUUCAUGAACAAACUUAAUUUAUUCUCACAACAAUGAGAUCUUCUAUUUAAAGUGAUGAGUUUCUUACAAACAUAUCUAAGUAAAUUGUUCUCCUUUAAGAGUAAAGUUAAUUUGCUUGGGAGACCUAUAUGAAAUACAAAUAAUGGAAGCAUGAUCUUCAAAGCCUCCUCUCUCAAAAUCCUGCUAAUCAAAUUGGAAAAGUAGAUAAUUCUUUAGUGUUAGUAUAGAUUAAAUCAAACUUAGAGUUAAUCAACUAAAGUUAAUUUUUAUUUGAACAUUUAGGCACCAUUUCUAACUCAGAUCAACUUCCUGAGGCUGUGAAAGACCUAGCUUUUAAAUUUAUGUAUGAGCAUGAAGAGGAAAGAAAAAAAGCAAUUGUUAAUAUAAAACUCAUAUUUUAGGAAGUCAUAACUACUUUUGAGGAGUUUUUGAGCGAGAAAAUUCAUCUGGAUAUUUAAGCCUGA